AUGAGGCGAAGGCGGAGGCGGGCCGGCUUUUACCCAGCGCCGGACUUCCGAGACAGGGCAGCUGAGGACAUGGCAGGAGUGUCUGACAUAGACCUGGACCAGCCAGAGGACGCGGGUUCUGAGGAUGAGCUGGAGGAGGGGGAAGCGCUCAGCUGUCAGAAGGGUCAGUUAAAUGAAAGCAUGGACCAUGGGGGAGUUGGACCAUAUGAACUUGGCAUGGAACAUUGUGAGAAAUUUGAAAUCUCAGAAACUAGUGUGAACAGAGGGCCAGAAAAAAUCAGACCAGAAUGUUUUGAGCUACUUCGGGUACUUGGCAAAGGGGGCUAUGGAAAGGUUUUUCAAGUACGAAAAGUAACAGGCGCAAAUACUGGGAAAAUAUUUACCAUGAAGGUGCUUAAAAAGGCAAUGAUAGUAAGAAAUGCUAAAGAUACAGCUCAUACAAAAGCAGAACGGAAUAUUCUGGAGGAAGUAAAGCAUCCCUUCAUUGUGGAUUUAAUUUAUGCCUUUCAGACUGGUGGAAAACUCUACCUCAUCCUUGAGUAUCUCAGCAGAGGAGAACUAUUUAUGCAGUUAGAAAGAGAGGGAAUAUUUAUGGAAGACACAGCCUGCUUUUACUUGGCAGAAAUCUCCAUGGCUUUGGGGCAUUUACAUCAAAAGGGGUUCAUCUACAGAGACCUGAAGCCGGAGAAUAUCAUGCUUAAUCACCAAAGUCACGUGAAACUCACAGACUUUGGACUAUGCAAAGAAUCUAUUCAUGAUGGAACAGUCACACAUACCUUUUGUAGAACGAUAGAAUACAUGGCCCCUGAGAUCUUGACGAGAAGUGGCCAUAAUCGUGCUGUGGAUUGGUGGAGUUUGGGAGCAUUAAUGUAUGACAUGCUGACUGGAGCACCCCCGUUCACUGGGGAGAACAGAAAGAAAACAAUUGAUAAAAUCCUCAAAUGUAAACUCAAUUUGCCUCCCUACCUCACGCAAGAAGCCAGAGAUCUGCUUAAAAAGCUGCUAAAAAGAAAUGCUGCUUCUCGUCUUGGAGCUGGUCCUGGGGAUGCUGGAGAAGUUCAGGCUCAUCCUUUCUUCAGACAUAUUAACUGGGAAGAACUUCUGGCUUGGAAGGUGGAGCUUCCGUUUAAACCCCUGUUGCAAUCUGAAGAGGAUGUGAGUCAGUUUGAUUCAAAGUUUGCACAUCAGACACCUGUUGACAGCCCAGAUGACUCAGCUCUCAGUGAAAGUGCCAACCAGGUCUUUCUGGGUUUCACAUAUGUGGCUCCAUCUGUACUUGAAAGUGUGAAAGAAAAGUUUUCCUUUGAACCAAAAAUCCGAUCACCUCGAAGAUUUAUUGGCAGCCCACGAACACCUGUCAGCCCAGUCAAAUUUUCUCCGGGGGAUUUCUGGGGAAGAGGUGCUUCAGCCAGCACAGCAAAUCCUCAGACACCUGUGGAGUACCCAGUGGAAACCAGUGGAAUAGAGCAGAUGGAUGUGACAAUGAGUGGGGAAGCAUCAGCACCACUUCCAAUACGACAGCCGAACUCUGGGCCAUACAAAAAACAAGCUUUUCCCAUGAUCUCCAAACGGCCAGAGCACCUGCGUAUGAAUCUAUGACAGAGCAGUGCUUUUAAUGAAUUUAAGGCCAAAAAAAAAAAAAAAAAAAAAAAAAAAAGGGAGGGGGGAAUGUGUGAGCAUCCUGGCGUCCUGCAAGGUGAAAUAAGAAGACUCAAAAUGACAAUCUGAAAGAGUCAAUGUUGUUACAUAGAACAUUUUGGACAGAAGGAAAAAUACACAUGGAUUUUUAAAAAUCAAUCAAUGGUGCAAAAAAAAAAAAA